UGCACAGGGCCGUGCCGAGUGGAUGGAGCGAUCGCCGUGGUCCUCCAGGUGGCCCGGGAUUCGGCCAAAUUUGUGUGGCGAUGGUUGCCAGCAGCCAUGAAGUGCAGGAAAACCACCCCUGCGUGGAUUCGGAUGCGCCAUGUGUGCAGCGCAAGCGUGUCCAAAUUUGCAUUCAUGGCCAACCAACAGCCGUGAUGACUCUCGUCCGCGGAGCCCUUCUGGAGGCCGGAUGCCGUGGUGACGCCCAUGAGGAAGGAUCAGAGGAGCAACUAGGGGUGUCGCCCGGUGUCGCAAGCGUGUUUGUACACGCUUCAGGUACAACGACAAUGUCCACCACAGGAAUAUUGGACUUGCUGCGGCCGGAUUGCGGCGUCCCAAUAAUCGGCGCCUUGCUGCACCAAAGUGCGGAGAGACUGUGGCGGUGUGUGCAAUGUGCCGGCCGGCAUCAUCGUCGUUGUUGUGGUCGUCGUCAUCUGAGAUGGAUUGGACAUCGGUGAUGAUUUGGACGUCGUCGUCGGCGUCA